AUGGUAACUGUUAGCGACUCCGGCCUCCAUGGCUUCCGCAACUCUACUCUCACCGAUUCUAGUUCUUUGGGCGUCAAUGUGUAUCUCAAUGUGGUUAACUCCUCGUGUACUCAUGCUGUACAAAUGCUGCCACAAUUUGUCAAAGCGUUCGCGAUCUUCGAUGCCUUGUAUUUCGCUGGGGUAUCGAUCCUCAUCUUGAUCGCAUACUUACAGAUUUUAGUAGCUGGCCAGCAUGGACCUCGAGCGGUCUUGUGCAAAGGCUAG